GUUUUGAGCCAGUAAGACUGCCACGCAACAUUUACAGUCAAGUCUCGCUUAUCCGGGCACCUCAAGAGUCGUCCCUUUUUGUCCAGAAGAAAGAAAACAAGGAAAGGGUCGUCCCUGGUAUUCGCUACCUUGAAAAGUCGUGCAAAGUAGGCUCCUCGAAAUUAAUAGGCACCUUUGACACGUGUGACGGAAGCUCUCUUGGCGUUCUCGAUGAGCAUGUCUACUUCUCAUGUCACCGAGCCAGGAAGAAAAAGUGUUUCUUCGAGCUUCUCAAACAUGGAAAUCCUGGACCCUGCAAAAUACGUUGUGGAUGGCAUCCAGACGCGACACGUCUUGGCCCUUCUAGGGUUUCUUGGUUUCGUAAACGUGUAUGCCCUGCGUGUCAACCUGAGCGUUGCAUUGGUUGCCAUGGUCAACCACACUGCCAUCAAGUCAAACAGCUCGGCCAGGCUCGAAGAGGCCUGCACUGUCAACAUAAAGAACAUAACGCAGGAAAAGCUUCAAGAUGGCCCUCUGGAGUGGGACGAAUACAGACAGGGAAUUGCCCUGGGCGCCUUCUUUUACGGCUACGUACUGACUCAGGUGCCCGGUGGACGCUUGGCGGAACGAGUGGGAGCCAAGUGGCUCUUUGGAGGAGGCAUCCUCGUGACGGCUCUCCUUACCCUUCUCACCCCAGUGGCUGCUCUCAGUAGCUUUGGCGCCUUUGUGGUGCUCCGAGUCAUUAUGGGUCUUGGAGAGGGUGUAACAUUCCCUGCCAUGCACGCCAUGAUAGCCCGGUGGCUUCCCAAAGACGAACGCAGUCUCCUUUCGACAAUCAUUUACUCGGGUGGACUCUGCGGGACGGUGGUUGCUAUGCCUCUGUCGGGCAUCCUGUGUGCUUCCAACUUCUUGGGAGGCUGGCCCGCAGCAUUCUAUGUGUUUGGUGUCAUAGGAAUCUUAUGGUUCGUGCUUUGGGCUCUCCUGGUGCACAACAGUCCCCAGGAACAUCCCAGAAUUAGCCAGGAGGAAAGAAUCUACAUCGAGACAAAUCAGGGCGACGAGCAUAAGCGAGAAACACUUGCUAUUCCCUGGAGAGCCGUUCUCACAUCACUGCCGUUUUGGGCCCUGAUGCUGGCCCACUUUGGUCAGAAUUGGGGUGCCUACACCUUGCUCACGGAACUGCCCAGUUAUCUCAAGAACAUUCAACACUUGCCAAUCACAAUGAAUGGCUUUUUGUCUGCCACUCCAUACCUGUUGCAAGCCGUCGUGAGCUGGUUAGCGGGAUACCUAGCCGAUCGUGUACGUCGUAGCGGUCGAUUUUCUGUCAGCGUUAUACGCAAGUUUUGCAAUUCAAUUGCAUUCUUUGGAGCAGCCAUUUGCCUGUUUGCGGUUUCAUUCGUUGGCUGCAAUGCCAAGCUCAGCGUGGUGCUCUUCACCAUUGCGAUGGGCAUCAAUGGAUUCUCCUUUUCUGGGUACAUGGUCACCCACGUCGACAUGUCACCAGAUUUUGCUGGCACCCUGAUGGGGAUGACAAAUGCAUUUGCAAACCUGGCCGGAAUACUAGCACCACUGGCAGUAGGGAGCCUGACCAAUAGUAACGAAACCAUAGGACAGUGGAGCAAAGUAUUCUACCUGUCGUCUGGAACUUUCAUUGUCUCAGGCGCAAUCUUCAUCCUCUUCGGUUCGGCGGAGCUUCAGCCCUGGGGUUUGUAUGCCCACGUUCGGGGCACCCAGUUCAGCGGGACCCCGGGCACCCUCGGCGGAGGGGACAUUUCGGGGGCCACCUACCAGGCCACAGACGACGCCUCGCCCGAGAGUCCAAAAUCCACCGAUGCCUUCCCUACUGAGGCUUAUUAACUGCAGCUCAAAGAUCGGUGUGGAGGUAAGAGUAUCGUGUGAUAUGUUGGUUUUCUCUGCAGCGGUCUUACCCCCUAGCGUUGUGUAAGCACACCAAAGUGGUGAUGAAAAACCCUUGCCCGUGUAACGCCAUGUUCUUGCGGCAAAGGAGAGCAGCUAUGUUAUUCUGCCAAUUUUUUUUGUAAUGUACUGUUAUGUUUUAUGAAGCUGUAGAACUCCCACUGAACAAUGUUCUAGGUCAAAAAUAACUUGGCCGAGUUCUGUUGCACGCUCUUGUUUUUGGCACAAGAGCGCAGCGUUUGGCUUUCUAUGUCUCCUUCUGAGAGUGUGUAGUGAACUUUUCAGGAAAGUUUGUGGGUUUUUAAAACCCUCUUUUGUGCUUGCAAUCUGUUACUGCUCCGGGACACAAGAAAGUGUGUUGCUUCAUGCCAACCACGGAACAAGUAAGUGUCGGUUUCGUCAUUUGAAUAACGUGAGACUAGUAUAGAAUUAAAGUACACUGUGGUUACACUAGGUUAUAUGGGAUAUCUUAUUGUCACCACAAUUUUUACCGUUUUUUUAUCUUUAAUUAGAAAGUCAAUGAUUGGUGUUGGCAACUGGUGCAGUGUUGUAGAGGCAUCUCCAUGUUGUAGAGGCGAAAGUGCAGAGAACAACACUGGGACCUGCCUGGGCGUGCUGACAAUAUCUUCUUCUGUAGCAAUGACUAUUUACUUUAUGACCAAAUUGCUGAAUGCUGCCAACAAAAAUGACUAGUAGUUGUGUGCAUCGAUGUUUACUCUUCACUGUUAUAAUGGUGUGUAGCAUAUUUAUCUCAUUCGAACAUGUGUCUGUGCUGUAUGAAUUGACAAGGGUCAGCAACAUCUAGAAUGCCAAUGAUAGUUGUGCAAGUGUCACAUUUUGGCAGUGCUAAAUGUCUGUCGAUACUGCACAUGUUAAAAAUAUGUGCACUGGUGAAGAUUGACCUUUGCCCUCUAAAAUGUGUAAAAUGAUAAUUAUUAUGAGACCUUGCUGACUGCAAAGUAAGCAUUCUACGUUACUUCGUUUUAUUGUUUCCUUUUAUAGCUUCGGGGUUUUAUAGAAACAGUGCUGCUUUGUUUUUCAUUCAUCAUCAGUGUUUGACAUUUACGUACAUGGAAUAAGCUAUUUCUGAUGCUGUGUUGCAAAUGCAUGAUGUUAAUGUAAAUAUCAUUCACACAGCAGCACUUUGUUUAAAGAUGUUCAAGUGAACUUCUGCCUCCUUAUACAUAUAAGCAAAUAUUUAUAUACUACAUAUAUGCACACAUACAUACAUAUAUAUAUAUUUGUUAUGACUGUAUGCUAUUUAUUGCCCUUGAUGAUGAUGAACUGUACAUCAAAAACUAUUUUACAAAAUCACGACUGUAGGAUAUAUCUGUCUUUUGGACUUCAUAGAUAUGCCAUGUAUUCCACUUAGUAGUUUUAUGUAUAUCAUGCUAUGCGACAUAAGAGUCUAUAUAUGCAGUCUAUUUUGAGCUAUCGUAUACAUUCCUGUCCAGCAUGAGCUCAAAGCUGGUUGCACUACGUUAUUUAUUCCUGAAUUGGUAACAGAUACAUACAUAUAUUUACUAUAAUUGUA